AUGGAGAGAGAGCUAGGGAUGUAUGGAAAUGAUAGGAGUAGAUCAAGAUCACCUGUACGUCGUCGUUUGAGCGACGACAGAGACAGGUACGAUGAUUAUAACGAUAGUAGCAGUAAUAAUGGUAAUGGCAGUCGUCGUCAGAGACGCGACCGAGGCUCCCGUUUCAAUGAUCGGUACGAUCAGAGUUAUGGUGGCAGCCGCUACCACGAUGAUAGGAACUGGCCCCCUCGCCGAGGAGGCCGUGGCAGAGGAGGAAGCAGAUCAUUCAGAGGGGGACGCGGUGGCGGUAGGGGUCGUACUUUAGGUCCAAUUGUUGAAAGAGACUUAGAAAGGCAAUUUGACGCGACCAAGAGAAAUUUUGAAAAUAGUAUCUUCGUGAGAAACUUGACUUUUGAUUGUACCCCUGAAGACCUUAAGGAAUUGUUUGGUACAGUGGGCGAAGUUGUGGAGGCUGACAUUAUCACAUCAAAGGGCCAUCACCGUGGUAUGGGGACUGUGGAAUUUACCAAAAACGAAUCUGUCCAAGAUGCCAUAUCGAAGUUUGAUGGUGCCCUCUUUAUGGACCGGAAACUAAUGGUAAGACAGGAUAAUCCUCCUCCUGAAGCUGCCAAGGAAUUUUCUAAGAAAGCUACUAGGGAAGAAAUAGAUAAUGGGUUUGAAGUGUUCAUCAUCAAUUUACCGUACUCUAUGAAUUGGCAAUCCUUAAAAGAUAUGUUUAAAGAAUGUGGUCAUGUCUUGCGUGCCGAUGUAGAAUUGGAUUUCAACGGAUUUUCAAGAGGAUUCGGUUCUGUCAUUUAUCCUACUGAGGAUGAAAUGAUUAGAGCUAUCGAUACAUUCAACGGCAUGGAAGUAGAAGGUAGAGUUUUGGAAGUUAGAGAAGGGCGUUUCAACAAGAGAAAGAACAAUGAUCGUUAUAAUCAAAGGCGUGAGGACCUUGAAGAUACCAGAGGUACUGAACCAGGUCUUGCGCAGGAUGCCGCUGUCCACAUUGAUGAAACUGCAGCAAAAUUUACUGAAGGUGUCAAUCCAGGAGGGGAUAGAAACUGUUUCAUUUAUUGUAGUAAUUUACCAUUCUCAACAGCAAGAAGCGAUUUAUUCGACUUGUUUGGGCCUAUCGGCAAAAUCAAUAACGCGGAAUUGAAACCACAGGAAAAUGGUCAACCAACUGGUGUUGCUGUUGUAGAAUAUGAAAAUUUAGUAGAUGCAGAUUUUUGUAUUCAAAAAUUAAAUAAUUAUAAUUAUGGUGGUUGUAGUUUACAGAUCUCUUAUGCUAGACGUGAUUAA